GCGCGCCUAAUAACGCCAGCUAUCGCCAAUCCAGGUAGUCUGGCCGAUUCGCCUCGUUCCCGCCGCGCUCACUCUCGUUCGCGCCAUAUGCGACAACCAACCAACGAACACCACUCCAGUUCGCGCCCUAAGCGUCGGCCAAUCAAACGGCCCAAAAGAUACCACGACUAGGGGCUGCGGUGUUUCUAUUGUUUUUAUUGCUUUGUAUUGUAUUAGUUUGUAUUGUUUUUGCCUUACUGCGUCUUCGCAGUAACAAGCCAGUUGAUUGUGAGCUUCGAAGCGAAAUACACACUUGCCAACAUACUCCUGCGUCGUGUUCUUCAUUUUAAAAAGAACCCAAACCCUGAGAAGAGCCCAACACUGAAGAGUCUCACGCUAAAUUGGCGCCCAACGUGGGGCACUUUGAAGAACGCUGCCACGCUAAAUUGGCAGCCCAACGUGAGUCAAGUUGAAGAACGCUGCCACGCACAAACUGGCAGCUCAACGACGAGCAAGUUAAAAGAACACGACCUCCGUGGUAUUUAUAAAAUUUUAAGAAAAUGCCACGCCCUGUGACACGCCGCAACACAAAUCGCCGCCAGACCGACUUUUUCGACGUGGAAGACGAUGGACGCGACAACAACGUUGCAAGAACGCCGACGCCAACGCCAGCGCCGACGCCCAUCACCGUGGACGAUCUCACCGCCAUGAUGGUGUCCCUGCAACAGUCGCAAGCAGAAAACUUUGAGCGCCUGCUAUCAAGAGUGCUCGAGUGCCGCUCGCCAUCUUCACAUCCCGCGCCGGCUCACGCCGCGCAGUGCUCUUCCACGCCGCCGCCCGCUCAACUUGCAUCUGGAACGUUCGCCACGUGCAAAUCGACCUACAGCGGAGCGCCCACCGAGUCCCUCGACGGUUUUAUCGAUGCUUUGGAGUCAUUUAAAGAUUGCGCAAAUAUCAGUGAUGCUAACGCCUUACGUGGUUUGUCGAUACUUCUCACACACGACGCAGCCACGUGGUGGCAGGGAGUUAAGUCCACGAUCACCUCGUGGAGCAAAGCCCUGCAGCAUCUCCGCAGCGCCUUCGGCGACAGUAGACCUCCACACAGGAUUUACAGAGACUUGUUCUCGAAGCCGCAACAACUCCGGGAGAGAACUGAGCUUUAUGUAGCCAAAGCACGCGCUCAGCUAGCACGCCUCCCGAAAGAAGACCUCAGCGCAAAGGUGCAACUCGACAUGAUUUACGGCCUUCUCCAUGUGCGAGUUCGGGAACGUUUACGAAGAGAAGAAGUGGAAACAUUCGAAACGCUGCUACGAAAAGCACGCGAAAUAGAAGAGGUUGCUGAGGAAAACACAUGUGACGCUGCGCCCGCGAGUGCCUACAAUCAGCGAAAACGCGCGCCUCCACUCGCGUCUCCGCGCACGUGCAUCGAUGCCUCAGCCCGUUCACCGUCACCCACGCACACGAAUUCGUCCACGACCGCAGCCAGCNGAGGAGUCGUACGGGCCAACUGUGCAAAGUGUAGUACGCAGUUCAACGCCAUAUCGUGUGAAUAUCAUAAGGCGUCGCCAACCUCCCUCUCCAAUCGUGAGUCGCCCGUACAGUUCGCGCCCUAA